UCCUCUCAUUAGCCCAUAUGUAGCACUCAUAGCCACAGCUCUAACUCGACUAUUUCCUAAUAAUUGCUGGACCUCACAAGUCACAUGAAUUAGUUGACCGACAGUAUCUCGACCCUUAACGACCAGAGCGUUGUAAAUAUUAGGCAUCUUGCCCGGGGGAAAAGCUACAUCCAGUACCGGACCAAUGAUUUGAGCGAUACGCCCCGAGUUUUUUUUUUCACGUGCGGAAACCCCAGGGCUAAAAGUGGUAGGAUUGAUUCUCAUAAUAAUAAUAAAAUAAAGUAAAAUUAUGUCGAAUUUUUUUUUGCGAAAAUUAUCGAAUCAAAAAUAAAUGUCCGAUAAGCAAGUUGAUCGGUUAAUUCAAUAUCUCGUCAGUACUACCGAAUCCAAUUCAAUUGUUUACUCAAUUAGUUAAUUUUCAAGUUCAACCACCCCAUUUUAAAAUAUCAAGUAGAGGAAUAAGAAUCUUGAUAAAAUCUUUCAUUUAUCUAUCAUUAUAGACAAUCUCACCUAUCUUCAUAUUAUCUAUGGAAUUCGAACUUGAACUUUAUUUAUGUACGAUUCAUUAUUUCUAUGGCCCUUAUUUAUUUCAUUUAUUUUUCAUUUAUUUCUUCAGCAUCGAUUUACCUAUUCGUUUUUUUUUUUUUACCUUCAGAAUUCCCCAUAUUUUCAUUUUUAUAUCUAAGAUUCACAUAUACAACAUAUAUCACUGUCAAGAGUCAAUUUAUUAUUCUUUAGAUAUUUCAAUUCACAACAAAAAAGAUAAAGAUUAAGUAAGGGAAAGGGAUUAGAAACCUGAAAAAGAAAGAUUGGGUUGCGCCAUACAUAUGAAAGAGUAUACAAUAAUAAUGUAUUUGGCAAAUCAAAUACAUGGUCUAUCUAAUAACGAACUAUUCGGAUUAGUUGAUAAUAUUAGUAUUUUGUGAUUUUGUGAAAGAUUCCUGUAAAAGGUUUCAUUAAUCAUGUCGAGUAGACCUUGUUGUUGUGAGAAUUGUUAAUUCAUGAGUUGUAGGGAGGGACUUAUGUCACCACAAACAGAGACUAAAGCAAGUGUUGGAUUCAAAGCUGGUGUUAAAGAUUACAAAUUGACUUAUUAUACUCCUGACUAUGAAACCAAGGAUACUGAUAUCUUGGCAGCAUUCCGAGUAACUCCUCAACCAGGAGUUCCACCUGAGGAAGCAGGAGCUGCGGUAGCUGCCGAAUCUUCUACUGGUACAUGGACAACUGUGUGGACCGACGGACUUACCAGCCUUGAUCGGUACAAAGGACGAUGCUACCACAUCGAGCCCGUUGCUGGAGAAGAAAAUCAAUAUAUUGCUUAUGUAGCUUACCCCUUAGACCUUUUUGAAGAGGGUUCCGUUACUAACAUGUUUACUUCCAUUGUGGGUAAUGUAUUUGGGUUCAAAGCCCUGCGCGCUCUACGUUUGGAGGAUCUGCGAAUUCCUCCUGCUUAUUCUAAAACUUUCCAAGGCCCGCCUCAUGGCAUCCAAGUUGAGAGAGAUAAAUUGAACAAGUAUGGCCGCCCCCUAUUGGGAUGUACUAUUAAACCUAAAUUGGGGUUAUCCGCUAAGAACUACGGUAGAGCAGUUUAUGAAUGUCUUCGCGGUGGACUUGAUUUUACCAAAGAUGAUGAGAACGUAAACUCCCAACCAUUUAUGCGUUGGAGAGAUCGUUUCGUAUUUUGUGCCAAAGCAAUUUAUAAAGCACAGGCCGAAACAGGUGAAAUCAAAGGGCAUUACUUGAAUGCUACUGCAGGUACGUGCGAAGAAAUGAUGAAAAGGGCUGUAUUUGCCAGAGAAUUGGGAGUUCCUAUCGUAAUGCAUGACUACUUAACAGGGGGAUUCACUGCAAAUACUAGCUUGGCUCAUUAUUGCCGAGAUAAUGGCCUGCUUCUUCACAUCCAUCGUGCAAUGCAUGCGGUUAUUGAUAGACAGAAGAAUCAUGGUAUGCACUUUUGUGUACUAGCUAAAGCCUUACGUAUGUCUGGUGGAGAUCAUAUUCAUGCUGGUACCGUAGUAGGUAAACUUGAAGGGGAAAGAGAUAUCACUUUGGGCUUUGUUGAUUUACUACGUGAUGAUUUUAUUGAAAAAGACCGAAGUCGCGGUAUUUAUUUCACUCAAGAUUGGGUCUCGUUGCCGGGUGUUUUGCCCGUAGCUUCGGGGGGUAUUCACGUUUGGCAUAUGCCUGCUUUGACCGAGAUCUUUGGAGAUGAUUCCGUACUACAGUUCGGUGGAGGAACUUUAGGACACCCUUGGGGAAAUGUGCCGGGUGCCGUAGCUAAUCGAGUAGCUCUAGAAGCAUGUGUACAAGCGCGUAAUGAGGGACGUGAUCUUGCUCGUGAGGGUAAUGAAAUUAUCCGUGAGGCUAGCAAGUGGAGUCCUGAACUAGCUGCUGCUUGUGAGGUAUGGAAGGAGAUCAAAUUUGAAUUCGAAGCAAUGGAUACUUUGUAAUGGAAUCCAGUAAUUACUCUUCGUUCCCUUAAUUGAAUUGCAAUUAAACUCGGCCCAAUCUUUUACUAAAAUAGUAUAAAGGAUUGAGCCGAAUACAAUACAAAGAUUCUAUUGCAUCUAUUUUAAAUCUUGUAUAUAUCUAGAUAUAUACAAGAUUUAAAAUACAAAAUCGAAGACUAAACAACUCAAAUGUUUCUAUUGUUGUGUUAGAUCCACAAUGAAUCCUAUGGAUCCUUUAGGAUUGGUAUCUUUUUUAUAUCCCAUAGUUGCGGACUAGGGAUCGAGCCAAAGAACUCUUUCUACCUAUCUUGUAUAUUGUCUUUUCGUUCCGUAGAAAUAUUAGACGAGAUUUUACGAAAAAAAAAUGAGGAGAGAACCAUUUUUUUUUUUAUACGAAUUUGACACGACAUAGGAAAAACCACUCUAUUAAAUUAAUUUCUUAUUAAUUUCUUAAUAAUAAUUAAUUAAUAUUUAAUUAAUGUAUAUAUCAUUAUUUAGUAUUAUUUAGUAUUAGUUAGUAGUAUUAGUUAGUAUUAGUAGAAUUAGAAUGGAAAUGAUUGAAAAA